AAAAGGUGAUUGAAACCAACCCUAAGCUCUUCUAAUCUUCGCUCUAUUGGUAGCUCCGAUUAUUACUGACUUAAGCAUCGGAGUGUCUACCCCGAGAUCCAUCUCGGGGCUUUGCAGGUCAAUCCGGAGUGCAAAUACGGAGUGAAGAAGAACGUCUGGUUUGGUGCAGUUACAUUUUGGCGCCGUCUGUGGGAAACUGAACUAAAGGCUCCCUUGUUGCUCUUAUCAUGGUUAAAACUAGGUCAGCCCGAGGUGGAAACUCGUCUCAGCCUCUUGGACGAGGUCAGGCCCCCAGCAACCUUCCACCUCACCCCCCACCCCCAAUCCCGAAUACAUCCCCUCAUGUUCACCAUACCGAAGGAGGGGAUGAAAAUCAGCCACACAAUUCGAUUAGCAACUCAGCCUCUACUGCUAACCAAGACGCAGUUGCAACUCAGCUCGCUGCCAUGCAACAGCAAUUUGGUGUUUUUCAGCUAGUGCUGGCUCAGUUAUUAGCCCGGAACAAUCCUGGUGAUCCACUCAUCAACCUACUUAAUCCUGCUCCACAGCCUCCAACCCCACCACAAAAUCCUGACCCAGUUCAACAUGCUCCCGCUCGAGGUGUCCCGCCUCCACACCCUGCUGCUGACUCCGUACCUCACCCUCUCAACACCAAUAUUAUACUGGAACCCUAUCCCACUGGCUUCCGAAUACCCCAGCUUGAAACUUAUGAUGGGACGAAGGACCCCGAUGAUCAUCUAGAUGCUUUCUACUCUUGCAUGCAGGCCCAGAACGCCUCUGAUGCGUUGAUGUGCAAAAUCUUUCCCUCUACUCUCCGAGGUAAUGCUCGAACCUGGUACUAUAGUCUGCCUCCGCGGUCAAUCAACUCGUACACAGAACUGGCAUCUGCUUUUGCCACAAAGUUUUCCAGUAGAAGGUUGAUCAGGAAAACCACUUCCGAGUUGAUGCGAGUUAAGCAGAGGGACGGAGAGUCUUUGAAGAAUUUUAUGAGCAGAUUCAAUGAUGCACUGCUAGAGGUUAACUCUUUCGACCAAGCAGUGGGAAUUACAGCUGUGAUCUCGGGUCUCAGCCAUGAAAGAUUCAGAGAUAGUCUACUUAAACAUCCUGCCACCACCUUCAGUGAGGUAAAUGAUAGAUCAUUGAAAUUCAUAACUGCUGAGGAAUAUGCCCUGUCGCAGAACAUCACCCCUGUUAAGAAUCAACACCCGGACUGGAGAGAUGAGAAUCCGAACAGGAAACGGAUGAAGACACCACAGAACCGAGGUCCGAUGUCGACUUCCACCUUGAGACUCGGAAGGCCGAACUCCGCACCUCCGCAACAACCUGCAAGUAAACCUCCAGUUAAUUGGACUCUUUUUAAUUUACCGAGGUCACAAAUCUUUAUGCAGAUUAAGAAUAAGAUGGACUUAAGACGUCCGGGUCCAAUGAGAGCUGUUGCUGCUACCAGAGACCAUACUAGGUACUGUGAUUUUCAUCAGGAUCAUGGUCAUACAACAGAGCAAUGUAAUAGCCUGAGGUCCGAAUUGGAAAGUCUGGCACAGAAAGGAAUGUUGAAUGAGUACAUCCAGAGAGCGGAACAGCCAAGGUUUGUCAGAGAACAAGGGCCACAGCAUCAAGCAAUCCGCAAUCCCCCAAACAGACAAGGUGUGGGAUAUCAGCGAGCCCCAACCCCACUACCACCACCAGCUAGAGUCAUACACAUGAUUACGGGAGGUCUGGAAGCUGGUGGACUAAGCUCUAAGCAGCGAAAGCUGUAUGUCAGAGAGGUUAAGCAUCAGAACCGAACUCAGAAGCGAAAAUUUGACGAUGCUGAGUGGAAGAAUCAACCCAUCACUUUCACAUCUGCUGAUCUUGAAACAAUUGUCACACCUCACAAUGAUCCUCUAGUCACUUCUAUCACGAUCAACAAUUGUGAAGUGCAGCGUGUCCUUGUUGACACAGGAAGUGCACCAGACAUCAUGUACUUCCAUUGUUUUGAGAGUCUUGGGUUAGAUCCCGCUCUGUUGCAGCGGUAUGAUGGUCCCAUUUACGGGUUUAACAACCAACCAGUUCCAGUUGAAGGAGUCCUCACUAUGAAUGUUGCAUUUGGCAGUGGCCGAACUGUGGUUUCCCAAUCUCAUCUAUGCAUGAAAUUCCCAACUCCUACGGGAAUAGCAACGCUGCGAGGCAACCAGGAGGUGGCCCGGCAUUGCUAUAUCACCUCAGUAACACAACCUCAGAAGGGCAAGACUCAGAUACCCGAGGUUGAUCCCAAAUGGAUUCCUGAUGAUCGGCAAGUUAUGGGUGUUGAGAUAGUAGAUAACCGACCAGAAGAUGAAACCAGAGCUGCUUCAGUCGAAGAUGUGGAAGAGGUACAGAUUGAUGACAAAGAUCCGAGCCGGAAAACGCAAAUUGGGACUAAAUUGAACCCAGAGGAAAGAGCAGAGCUCAUAGCUUUUCUUCGGGCCAAUAAAGAUGUUUUUGCAUGGACUUCAGCAGACAUGCCGAGAAUUCCCACUUCAGUUUUUCAACAUAAACUCAGCACCAAUCCCCUCAAGAAACCAGUAGCCCAGAAACGACGCCUCUUCGGGGGGGAGAGGUUACAGGUCAUUAAAGAAGAAAUUGAGAAACUCCUACAAGCUGGUUUUGUCAAAAGGGUCGAUUACUGCGAGUGGGUCGCCAAUCCGGUGCUGGUGAAAAAAGCAAACGGUAAAUGGCGAAUGUGCAUUGAUUACACUAACCUCAACGAUGCAUGUCCAAAGGACUGUUAUCCAAUGCCAAACAUUGAUAAGCUGGUUGGGGCAGCUUCGGGGAAUGAGAGAUUAAGUCUCUUGGAUGCAUACUCAGGCUACCACCAGGUCUCAAUGGCUCCUGAGGAUGAAGAAAAAACCUCAUUCUAUGCUGGUGAUGAGAUCUAUUGCUAUGUAAUGAUGCCCUUCGGCUUGAAAUAUGUAGGCGCCACUUACCAAAAGAUGGUUACCAUCGUGUUCCGAGCUCAAAUAGGAUGGAAUUUGGAAGUUUAUGUUGACGAUAUAGUAGUGAAGAGUUUGAAAGCUGACGAUCACUUAACCGAUCUUGAGGAGACAUUCAACAAUCUCAGGCAGAAUAGAAUGAGGUUAAACCCAGCCAAAUGCAUCUUUGGUGUGGAAUCUGGAAAAUUCUUGGGUUUUAUGGUUUCCCGGAGAGGGAUUGAGGUCAACCCAGAGAAGAUCAAAGCAAUUGCCGAGAUGGAACCGUCGAAGUUAGUAAAGGACAUACAGAGGUUGACUGGAAGGGUAGCAGCUCUUCAUCAGUUUAUAUCGAAGUCGGCAGAUAAGUGCCUACCAUUUUUCAAGAUUAUGAGCGUGCUGCAUGGAGCCGAGCUGAGGUAUCCUAUAGCGGAGAAAGCAGCCUUAGCAGUUGUCACUUCGGCCAGAAAGUUGAGGCCAUAUUUUCAGUCGCACCCGAUCAUUAUUCUUACAGACCAACCCCUUCGGCAGAUUCUGCAAAAGCCUGAGUGUUUUGGAAGAUUAAUUAAGUGGGCAGUAGAACUGGGGGAAUUUGAGAUAACAUUUCAGCAGAGAUCUGCAAUCCGAGCUCAGGCACUGGCAGAUUUUAUUGUAGAGUGCACUCCAGGUAAUUCCAUUCCUACUCCAGAGCCCAAUGAUUGGACCUUAUACGUUGAUGGGGCAUCUAGUAGCAAAGCUCUGGUCGCUGAGCUGAAGUGCAAAUUCCAGAAAUUCUGUCUGAGCAAAAUCCCCCGAACUGAAAAUGAACAGGCAGAUUCACUCUCUAAAUUCGCCUCUGAUAGUUCUUCACAUUCCAGAUCAGUUUUUGUGGAAGUCUUAGAUGAACCAAGCUUCAUGAAGCCACGGGUGAUGAAGAUCAGCACCGACCCAAGCACACCGAGCUGGACUGACCCAAUCCUCUCUUUCUUACGAGAUGGGAUAGUACCUAAGGACAGGCAGGAGGCAAUGAAGUUGAGAAGGAAAGCAUCUCGGUAUGCACUUGUUGAUGGGGUCUUCUAUAAGCGAUCUUUCUCUCUACCUCUUCUACGGUGCUUGAAUCCCUAUGAAGCAGAAUAUGCACUCAGGGAGGUACAUGAAGGUGUCUGCGGAAGUCACGUGGGUGCUCGAACUUUGGCUCAUAAAGUCCUUAGACAAGAAGAACUCACUACUUUGGUAGCACCAUGGCCAUUUGCUCAGUGGGGAUUUGAUCUUUUGGGCCCAUUCGUGAAGGGGGUUGGUGGUGUAACCCACCUGAUUAUUGGUGUGGAUUACUUCACAAAGUGGGUUGAAGCUCGGCCAUUAUCCAGUCUUACUUCCAAAAAGGUUGAAGACUUUGUUUUCAGCUCAAUCAUCUGCAGAUAUGGGAUCCCGAAUCAGAUUGUGGCUGAUAAUGGAACGCAAUUUAACUGCACCUCUUUUCGAGAUUUCUAUUCCAGCUAUGGGAUUAAACUGCAGUUCACCUCGGUUUACCAUCCGGAGUCCAACGGCAUGGUCGAAUCUGUUAACAAGUGUAUCUUAGAAGGUAUAAAGCCGAGGCUGGAACAACACAAGGCCAAAUGGGCAGACGAGCUCAACAACGUCCUCUGGGCAUACAGAACUACGAGUCGAACUGCCACAGAAGAAGCGCGACUUCGAACUCUAGUCUCCAAGCAGAAGAUAGCAAACUUCUACAACAGACGAGUUCAACCCCGAACAUUCAACGUAGGAGACCUUGUUCUCAGGAAAGCUGGUCUAACGGGGUUCGAAACUCGAUUCGGGAAGUUGGCACCAAACUGGGAAGGCCCCUACACUGUCGCAGAAGUGCCGCACCCAGGAGGAGGCUGCUCCUCAACAGGAAGAGGUGGUAGAGGUGGCUCGUCUCCAGCAGGCAGGACUGGCACUUCUGCUUCAGGAGAGGGCACAAAAUGUAACUGCACCAAACCAGUCGUUCUUCUUCACUCCGUAUCUGCACUCCGGGUUGACCUGCAAAGCCCCGAGAUAGAUCUCGGGGUAGACACUCCGAUGCUUAAUUAUUUCGGGAUCGGAAAAUUAAGCCCAGCAAGGUAUUCGGGAUCUGUUGUGAGGAUGUCCAUCGUAACUGCUGUGCAGUCGUCCGAGCAGGAAGUUCUGGAUGUAACUCUUUAUUCCGGUUGUAAAGGAAUUACUGUCCUGGUGGUGAACCAAAUUAACUCAAUCUGCGAAGUUGUUGAUCCUGUGAUGAUCAAAUAUGUAGCUCUGGUCGCCGAGCUGAAGUGCAAAUUCCAGAAAUUCUGUCUGAGCAAAAUCCCCCGAACUGAGAAUGAACAGGCAGAUUCACUCUCUAAAUUCGCCUCUGAAAGUUCUUCACAUUCCAGAUCAGUUUUUGUGGAAGUCUUAGAUGAACCAAGCUUCAUGAAGCCACGGGUGAUGGAGAUCAGCACCGACCCAGGCACACCGAGCUGGACUGACCCAAUCCUCUCUUUCUUACGAGAUGGGAUAGUACCUGAGGACAGGCAGGAGGCAAUGAAGUUGAGGAGGAAAGCAUCUCGGUAUGCACUUGUUGAUGGGGUCCUCUAUAAGCGAUCUUUCUCUCUACCUCUUCUACGGUGCUUGAAUCCCUAUGAAGCAGAAUAUGCACUCAGGGAGGUACAUGAAGGUGUCUGCGGAAGUCACGUGGGUGCUCAAACUUUGGCUCAUAAAGUCCUUAGACAAGAAGAACUCACUACUUUGGUAGCACCAUGGCCAUUUGCUCAGUGGGGAUUGGAUCUUUUGGGCCCAUUCGUGAAGGGGGUUGGUGGUGUAACCCACCUGAUUGUUGGUGUGGAUUACUUCACAAAGUGGGUUGAAGCUCGGCCAUUAUCCAGUUUUACUUCCAAAAAGUUCACCUCGGUUUACCAUCCGGAGUCCAACGGCAUGGUCGAAUCUGUUAACAAGUGUAUCUUAGAAGGUAUAAAGCCGAGGCUGGAACAACACAAGGCCAAAUGGGCAGACGAGCUCAACAACGUCCUCUGGGCAUACAGAACUACGGGUCGAACUGCCACAUUCUACAAGCAGAAGAUAGCAAACUUCUACAACAGACGAGUUCGACCCCGAACAUUCAACGUAGGAGACCUUGUUCUCAGGAAAGCUGGUCUAACGGGGUUCGAAACUCGAUUCGGGAAGUUGGCACCAAACUGGGAAGGCCCCUACACUGUCGCAGAAGUGCCGCACCCAGGUGCUUAUAUCCUACGGGACACUGAAGGAAAAAGGGUUCCUAGAGUCUGGAAUGUCAAUAAUUUGAAGAAAUUUUACCUUUAAUGUAUCUUUUUCCAGUAAACUUUGUCUCAUUUUUAUAUUCAUUGUUAUUCUAUUUGUGUCCGAACUCAAUUCCUUUACAUCGUUAAUGAACUUCACUUCACUUU